AUGUCGGGACGUGGCAAGCAGGGCGGCAAAACUCGCGCCAAGGCUAAGACCCGCUCUUCUAGGGCGGGUCUUCAGUUCCCAGUGGGCCGAGUGCACCGACUGCUCCGCAAGGGCAAUUAUGCUGAGCGGGUCGGUGCCGGAGCGCCGGUGUACCUGGCGGCGGUGCUGGAGUACCUGACUGCCGAGAUCCUGGAGCUGGCGGGCAACGCUGCCCGCGACAACAAGAAGACCCGCAUCAUCCCGCGCCACUUGCAGCUGGCCAUCCGCAACGACGAGGAGCUCAACAAGCUGCUUGGUAAAGUGACCAUCGCCCAGGGUGGUGUCCUACCCAAUAUCCAGGCCGUACUGCUGCCUAAGAAAACUGAGAGCCACCACAAGGCCAAGGGCAAGUAGCGGGUCUGGAGCAGUUCAUUACUCAUACCUCGGUCCAAACCAAAAAGGUUCUUUUCAGAGCCACCUACUUUUUCACCAAGUAGAGCUGUGUUCAACAGUUUUAUCCGAUAGUCGAGUCAUUUUGCAGUGGCACUGGAAUGCUGUAUAGAGAUGAAGCAAAACCAAAUGGCUUUUACACCACAUUGUUUCGAGAUAGAAAGUAGACAUUGAAAUGUUCACGGUAUAUAUAGAAAUUUAGGUGCGGCAGCUCGCGCCUGCAAUACAGCUGAAACAAUAAGAAAAGUGAGGCAAGAGAAUAACAAAGGGAGCUGAAAGUUGGUUAGAGGGCAGAAUAAGUAAAAGCAAAGGGCAGAACUAAGGUAGAUGGGCGGGUGAACAAGAAGCGAGAUAACAAGCAGUGAACCUUUUGCAGCCGAAACAAAAGAGAUAAUGUGAGCAAGGACCUCGUGGCCGGCAAGAUCUGGAACAAACCAGUUUAAGAGGCAGCUUUUCAGAGAUGGGCAUGCGUAUUAGGAAAAGUAUCCUUAUAAAAGCCGGUAUGAUAAUCAGCUACUUAAGGUUCAUGCAUAUGGGCUACAUAUCAUGCAUAUAUCUAAGAUUAUGAGAUAGAGGCACAAGCCACAGAGGACAAAGUAAGCAACAAACCUAUCAAUAAAAGGGCAGAUGCUGGCUAUAGAUUAGGCAGCACUGGGAACAGAAAAAACACACACACACGCACACACAUAAAAUGACUCAAACUACAGCAAGCUGACGCUGAUCUCAUCUCGCAGAGGUCAGUCCGCUCUCCCCCCUCCCCGAGAGUGUAAUACUCUGCUUACUAAACUUUUGCUGCUUUGCUUUGCUAUCUGUGUGUGUGUCGUCCAAUUUGUACCGGGCACCAAGAGCCUGGAACUGCUUGGCACCAUCCGGUAACACAACCGCUUUGGGAAGCCGAGGCGGAAGGACCGCUAGAGCCUUGGAGUUCGAAGCCAGCCUGAUCUUUACAAAA